AUGUUGCCUUUGUACCUGUUAACAAAUGCGAAAGGCCAACAAAUGCGUGUUGAAUUGAAGAGCGGUGAAAUAAUUGAAGGUGAGCUAACUAACGUUGAUAACUGGAUGAACCUAACUCUCCGUAACAUCAGUGAAUAUAAAAAUACCGAUGGAUCCCCUCAACUUGAGGUUGUCAAGUCUUCAGAGAUCUACCUGAAAGGUAUAUACAUCAAAUACAUCAAAUUACAAGAUGAUAUUAUCAAUAACGUUAAACAACAAAUUAAUAGUAAUAUGAAUACCGGUGGUAAUAAAACUCACAGAAACUACAAUAACAGGAAUUACAUGAGCAAUAACCAAAAUAAUAGAAGAAAUACUUAUGGAACUACGGGUAAUAAUAUGAAUAAUAGAAGGGGUUACAACAAUGCAAGUAAUAACGUCCGUCGCGGAUUCAAUCAAAAUAAUCAAAUGAGACGUAGCAAUAAUGGUCUUGGUGGUUAUGUACAACAUAAUCCAGACGUCAAUUUGGGUGACCUGGCAGGUAAAUCCCCAGGUCAAAGCAUUGAAUUUUAA